AGGGAAAGGCGGGAUGCGUGCGUGCGGCGUGACGCGUUCGCUCCCGAGGUGUCGAGAGCGCGCACGUCCAUAGAACAACAACAAGAAAAAACAACGACGGCGCGAGGCCUGAGCGCGACGCCUGCUGCGGACUUGGAAGACGCGACUCCGUCACGAUGAAUGUCGGUGUGGCGCACAGCGAAGUGAACCCCAACACGAGGAUCAUGAACAGUCGGGGGAUAUGGCUGACCUAUGCACUCGGGGUUGGCAUGCUGCACAUCGUCUUGCUGAGCAUUCCCUUCUUCAGCGUGCCCGUGGUGUGGACCCUGACCAACGUCAUCCACAAUUUGGGGAUGUACGUGUUUCUGCAUGCUGUUAAAGGGACGCCCUUUGAGACCCCUGAUCAGGGGAAGGCCCGGCUUCUCACGCACUGGGAGCAGUUGGACUACGGUGUUCAGUUCACCUCCUCGCGCAAGUUUUUCACCAUAUCGCCGAUAAUCAUAUACUUUCUGGCCAGCUUCUACACAAAGUACGACCCAACGCACUGCUUCAUCAAUACGGCCUCCCUGCUGAGUGUACUCAUCCCCAAACUGCCCCAGCUUCAUGGAGUCCGCAUCUUUGGCAUCAACAAGUACUGAGACAGCGUGGCAGCGGCCGCCCGACAGUACGUGAACUGAACUGGUGAUCUGUACUUUGUACCCUGGUAGUGUGUACCCGGUGUAUGUCUUAUUGCCACUCACUGCUCCAUGCUGGCAUUUCAGAGGACAGGAGAAUGCAAAGUGCAUUUACUAACAUGAGUAGGUACGUAUUUGAUGGUAGAUCUCUCCAAAGAGCUGGGCAGGCCCAGUCCUAACCCUGGAAAGGCUCCGUCUGAGCACUGGGCGCACAGGGAGAGUUGCCAAGGCAACGGGGAGCGCUCUGGCCAUUUCUGGAUUUGUCGUCGUCGUCUUCUUCUUCUCAGACCAGCUGUCAGUUAGGACUCCCAUUUCCUAAUUUCAUUUGCUUUG